GUCAAAGACUCGGUGGAAUUAUCUCCCUUGAAAAAAUUUAUGGGAAAAUGAUCUUGCACCAAAACAAACUGAAUUUUGUGAAAACUAACGAGAAGGGAGAUGAUUGAGUAAGAAAAUCUAUAAUCAAUCUACAAUGAGUUGGACAUAUGAAACAAGGUUACGUCCCCAGCCAAGACAUGAUCUGAAAUGGCUGAAAACAGAUUUGCAGGAGGCGUUCUCGGAGGACAGCUUGAGUCAGCUGUGGAAUGAACUUGUCCGCGAUGGAGAAAUAACAACUGGUGGUAACAAUGGAUUGAUAAAUAGUGCUGGAGUAUUAGCCAAGAAAGGUGAGACGGGGAAGUAUUACUGUGGAAUGAAACUGCUGUCAUGUAAAUGCUGUGAUGGACAUUGUGGACCAGAUAAUGGAUGUAACUGCGACCCCUGUGCUGCCCUUGAUAAGGAAGAGGAGGAGAAUGCGGCGGAAAUGGCCCACAGACCCCCACCUGCAGGGCCAAUGAUUGACAGCUGGACAUGGGGAGAAGAACCAGAUACAGCAAAGCUAGAAGUGUGUCUCCGUUCGUUGCUACAUGAGAACCAGCAGUUAUGCACAGAGGCUGCUUGCACCUCCCUGUCGACAACACGACUCCAGCAGCGACUAGCUGUCCUCGAGCGCUACUUUAGCGCAGUCUCGAGACAAUCACCUCCCGAGAAAAGUGGACCAUCUAAGAAAAGUCAGGCAAACCAAACUAAUUUGAAUAAACAGAAAAGUAACAUCAAACCAGCAGAGAAAGCUACCAUGGGUUUGGCUAGAGUCGGAUCCAGAGCUGCACUAAGUUUUGCUUUUGCAUUCCUCCGUCGAGCCUGGAGGUCAGGAGAAGAUUCAGACCUAUGUUCAGAACUCCUUCACGAGUCCCUGGAAGCCCUGCAGUCUCUGCCAGAGGCCAGCCUGUUCGAGGAUGGCUCAGUGUCUGGGGUCUGGCUAGAUGUCGUGGAGAGAGCAGCCAAGUUUCUCAACUCAGUGGUUGCAGGAGAUGUAAACUCGUCCAGUGGAGCGACCGGAAAGACCCCAGUUCCUGUGCAGGAUCAGCAAACAGCCCUUGCGCUUAUUCUCGAAUUAGCAGUGCAGCGGGGAACUUUAAACCAUGUAUUGAACUGUGUCUUACUGCUCCUCAAUCUGUGGAACAACAGCCGCCAUGAUUUUGACAACCGUGUUAGUUGUAACCUAUACAGUGCCCCGCUUAUACCAUUGUUGAAAAGAUUUCAGAGCAUACAGUGUGCCAAAUCGCGAGUCCUAGAGCCAUCAAAAUGGGACGAGAGCAACUACUAUGUAAGCCCAACAGAAUGUUUUCUACGUUACCUGACUUACCCAGAAGAUGCAAGUUUGGCAGUAGACCUCCGUAUGAGUGCUGUGGUAGUAAUGUCACACCUGGACAGACUGUGUCAACCCUACCUUCCACUCACUGCCUCACAGAAGUGUCAGAAAACCAGUUUGAUGCAGGAAGUGAUUGCGUGGGGUUGGUUUGCCUGGAAAGGCGGGAAUGUUAGCAGUGGACCAAUCACACUGGACUUCCUAAAUGAUGUGGGUGGAGUCCAGCAGAUUGUAUGUGCUGAGAGGGUGAUGACAAUUCUAGCGGGAAAUGGAAACGUAUAUCUCAUUUCAUAUACAUCAGAAGCUGCAUCUAUGUGGAUGAUUGGAGGUUUUGGUGAUCGUGAAGUUGUGAAACUAGCAGCCCAUCCAGACGGUAAACAUUACCUGGCCCUGACAAAAGAUGGGGAAGUUUUGUCCUGGGGCAAUGGUGAUGGGGGCAGGCUUGGACAUGGAGAUAAUAUUUCUCGAGAAGAACCCACAUUGAUUACGGCGCUGUCUGGCAAGCAAGUUGUACAUAUCACCUGUGGUAGUACAUACAGUGCUGCAGUCACUUCUAGUGGAGAGCUCUACACCUGGGGUAGGGGGAACUAUGGUCGCCUAGGUCAUGGAGGAAGUGAGGACCAGUGCGCGCCAAACCUCGUCACGGCUUUAAAAGGACAUAAAGUGAUAGAUGUGGCUUUGGGAAGUGGUGAUGCUCAAUCCCUGGCAGUGACAGAUACAGGUGCAGUGUAUUCCUGGGGUGAUGGUGACUAUGGUAAACUGGGAAGAGGCGGGAGUGAUGGCUGUAAAACCCCAAAAGUCAUUGAGAAACUGAUGGGUCAAGAUGUCAUUAAAGUUUACUGUGGAGCACAGUUCAGUAUGGCCCUAACAAAAUCAGGAUCUGUGUUUUCAUGGGGUAAAGGUGACAACUAUCGUCUGGGACAUGGUACGGAGGAACAUAUUCGUGUACCUAAACAAAUUGAACAUUUCGGUGGGAAGAAGAUUGUUGACAUUUCUGUAGGCUCAAUGCAUUGUCUGGCAGUCAGUGAGGAUGGUGAUGUGUACGGCUGGGGUCGUAACGACCAGGGACAGCUAGGGGACAUGUCCAUACAGUGCAGGACGGAGCCCACAUUGCUGACUGGUUUGGAUGGCAAGAAAAUAAUAGGAGCUGCAUGUGGACCCUCACAGAGUUUCGUGUGGUCUUAUGGUGGACACUCAACUAUAGGUAUGAGAGUACCAUUUGUUGUGGAUAUCAGUAAGGCCACUUUUGAACAGCUAGACGAGCUGUUAGCAGAGGUAUGUGAGGGUAUGGACGGACAUAGUGAUUGGCCGCCGCAGCAGGAAAAAGAGUGUAUGGCCGUAGCGGGGCUUAAUCUACUUAAUCUGCAGCUCCAUGUUGCUAUUUCCCACAAUGAGAGCUUUGAACAACUGGGGCUUGGAACUGGCAGCUCUCUUGUAACCAGCCUGAAGAAGAGAGUUGUCUCCCUUGCAAGUAAUAGUGGCGUUAUCUCCACAGUACAGAUGGCAGCACAAAAUACAUUACAGAACGGCUGGUCUAUUCUCCUCCCCACAGCUGAGGAGAGAGCGAGGGCACUUUCAUCAUUACUGUCCUCUGGAGGUCGAGAUGCAUCAGGAAUGAGUGCUGGUCAGAGAUUCAUGACGGACCUUCUGGUCAGCAGCUUGAUGGCAGAUGGGGGACUGGAGUUUGCUAUGGAAGAAGCCAUCAAAAAAGAAAAAGAAACUUUUGAAGAUAAAAAGGAAAUGGAAGAGAAAGAAGAUCGGAAGACGCCAGAUUCUGAGGCAUCAAGCGAGACAAAACUUGAACCAGGCACUGACAUAGAGGAUGAUUCCAGUGCUAGCAUUCCAUUGUUACAGCUUAUACAGCAGUUACUUAGGAACUCUUCAUCACAUUCCCAAUCAUUGUUACAUGAGUUGUCGAGGGACGGUGUUGUCAAGAUGGAGGAGACUGUGAUGAAAGACACGUCGCCAUCCCUGGACCUACUCCUACAGUUCCAGAGGUUACUGGUUGCCAAGAUGUUUCCCAAACAGAGCUGUUGCCUGGCUUCUCCAACAGAUUUAGACUUCACAUUACAAGGGGCUGGAUCACUGUUGAAGAAAUACACGUCCUUGUUAUGUAACCAUGUAAACGAUAUACUGCCCCUAGGGGCCAGCUUGGCUAAUAUCAGCUCUAAACAUUUCUCCCUUGUCUCGAAAAUCAUCACCAGUGAUGUCACAGGAGUCCUAUUACCAGAGAUGUUGACCUGCAUGGUCCUGUUACAGCUACGUGGCCCGGCUGUUGUGCAGAUGUCUGGAUCGGUUCCCAUCUUAGAACAAGUGUUAGAUAUCCUCGAUAAAUACAACAGACUGGCUCCCGGUCUCAGCAGAGAAGAUAGGGAGGAUCUGUCAUGGCCAGGAGUCUGGAGUCAGGCAAUAGACAAGAUCAGUCACAAAAGUCAAGAUGAUGUACAGACUAUACGUAAAGCUGAUCUCGAGAAUCAUAACAAAGAUGGAGGAUUAUGGAUCAUAAUUCAUGGCAAAGUUUACGACGUCCAUGACUUCAAGACGCAGGCACAGUGUGGAUGGGAGAUGCUCACGGAGUACGCUGGUCGAGACGCAACAACAGCCUUUGAGAACGCUCACCAUUCACUGGAAGCACGGGAAAUGUUACAGGCAUUUUAUGUGGGACAGUAUGUGGAGCCUGAGAAAGACAUUAUACAGCUCAUGGACACGAGCACGGCCUCCUCCCCACUGAUGGACACAGAACGUACCCUGAGUCUUCUCCUUGGCCUCCAUGCAGCUCAACAAGCUCGUAGUACACCCCUCUCACAGGACGAGCUUGAGUGUAGUGACUGGUUGAGCUCAGACUUCUUUCGUGGCGGACUUCAGCUGUUGCAGCCCAGGAACCCUUUUGAAGAGGAAAAAGGGGAGAGCAGGUCUUCUAGUGUGACUACUACACCAGGUGCAGGUGCAACAAGCACAACCAGUGAGAUGACAAGUUCUGCUAUAGAGGAUAAGGAGGCCCUUUUUGAUCGCCAGGCCUCUAUCUCUGAUGUAUCGAGGCCCUUCCUUCAGGCCCUGGCAGAGGGACGAUGUCAAGACCUGGCAGCAAAAACGUUCCUGGGUAUGGCAGAGAGAUACUCAAAGCAACAUCACAUCAGCUUGCCUAUAGAUUUCCCAGCAGAACAUCCGGUAGAAGAAGUUGGAAGAUUGCUGUUAGCAGUGUUGAUAAAGCAUCAUGAUCUGGCCCAUGUUAUCCUGGGUCUGGUAGAACAUGGACAGGGAGAUAUGGGUAAAUUAACCUUUCCUAAAGCUAUCACAGAGCUGCUCCGUGUUGUAGGACAAGUGAAGAGAUCUUUGAUCAAGGCUCACCAAGAUCAGAGCAGGUCUUACAAAGAGGUUUGUGCCCCUGUGAUUGAGAGAUGUCACUUCCUGUUUAAUGAACUACGACCCGCUAUCGGGAAUGAGGUUAAUGCCAUGAGUAGGUCAAGACUUCUACACAGCACAUCUCGAUGGAAAAUUGCCAUAGAUAAAGUGAUAGAGGAGAAUAGGAAAAAGAGAUAUUCCCCAGUUGUAGUUACUCUGAAUGUUGCUGAUGAUGAAAAGUCAACCCCAGAAGCAGAUGGAGAAGACAAAGGUCAAGGUCAUGACCCUGUUGUAAGCCAAUCAGAGGAAGUGCCAGGUGGCAGCACUGAAUGUAUGGGUGGAGCUAAAGCAAUAGAUACCCAAUCAGAACCAGGAGAAUUUGUGGUUAAAGUAUUUGGAAAGAAUGAGGCUCCUUUAGGAGAUUCUUUAGAGGAAGAACAUGACAUUGAGUUAGUUGAUGGAAGUGCAGAUGUGGAAGGCCUUCCCCCUAUGGAAGGAAGUGGACUUAUUGGUCAUCAUAGGAAGAAACAUGGAAAACUUAGAAGGAAGAAAGACUCAUGGGACUCUCUUGUCAGUAUGGUGACCAGCAGUCAGAAGCUGAGUUGGCUACGUCAACGUCUUACGGGGGCUCGGACCGAGAUGCCACUGGUCAACAAGAUUGUAGAAUUUGUCAUGCAUGAGAAUCCAAUAGAUAUAGAGAAACUUCGGAGGUCUUUACAUCAUCAGGUACGGAGAGCUGAGACACGUUUAAAAGGAAUACAGACUAUGUUAACACUAGUACACAAGGAUUAUUUGAUUCCAUCAGUGAAGUAUAAUCUUCUUUGUGGCUGGCAAGGUCUUCUUACUAUGGGACAUAGGGUCUGCAAACCUGUACCACAGUGUCUGACAGAUAUCACCCUGAUUCCACCAUGUGAUAGAAUUCUACUGCAGAUGACAUUCUCGGAACUAUACCGCUGGUCUAUACAGGAACUAAGACAUAAUGUUCUACAGGUUGAUAUCACCUUCAAAUCCAAGGGAGUUAAUCCAUGUCUGCCCAGUUACAACAGCCAGGAUAAUACAAAGGAGAGGUUGAACAUGGGUGUGUUGCCCCAGGCAAGAUUUAUACUUGCUCACCUAGGACUGUUGGUAUCAGAGCAUCAAGGGAACAGUCUGAGUCUGCUUCUAAACUCUGGGGUUCUUGCUCUUACUCAGAGUAUACUCAGACUCAUUGGACCAGAUCCAGAGAGGGUUCUGCAGGACACCAGUAGUUCUACAAUAUGUGCUGUACUAGAGGAGCAGAAACACAAGAAGCAGGCUGCGCCGGUUCCUGUAUCGGGUCCUGAACUCGCAGCCCUUAUGAAGAUUGGGACACGAGUGGUCAGAGGAGUGGACUGGAAAUGGGGUGAUCAGGAUGGUCCACCACCCAGUAUGGGACGUGUAAUCGGGGAGUUAGGGAAUGAUGGUUGGAUCAGAGUACAGUGGGAUUCCGGAAGCACAAACAGCUACAGGAUGGGGAAAGAAGGAAAAUACGACCUGAAACUAGCAGAACCACCAGAAAUACCAGAUAAUGAUGAAGAUGAUGAUGAAGAUUUGAUUCCUAGUAAAGACUCGAAGAAAACUGAAAGUAAACACCCCACAGCAUUAAUCAGAAAAGCAACCUUGACCUUGCUUAGAGUUGUUUCCGUGGCAACAGGCAUCCACUCGGAAUCCACCCAGAAGGAGGCUGUAGGCACUUUAUGUGGACUGAUGAGGAAUAUUGUAGAUUGUGGAUGUAACUAUGGACUGAAUGCAAACUCAGUGUCAGUACAGAUAGCAUGUGAACAGCACUAUAGCUGGUGUUCUCUCGGAUUUCUACGUAGCAUAGCAACAGGGCCAACAGUGUGUCAAGCUCUUAGUUCACAGAGAUGGGUAGAUCUUCUGUUGAAAAUAUUGGAGGAAGAAAAAGCACAUAAACAAGCUAAUGUUUCCAAACAGAUUCUGACAAUUAAAUUACUGAGAACAGUGCUACCAUCCUGGGAUCAUAAUGUGGAGGAAGCCAGGGUCCAGACCAUUGUUAACAGACUUAUACACUUGCUGGGAUCCAUCCUGGUUUCCUGCUCAGCAGAUCCUACACUAGUACCCCAUGUUGAUUCUCCAAGAAGACAGCGUCACAGAGCACCUGUUUCCCUGACUGCAUCAUACACAAGCACGGUUGCCGAGGAGCUCGUACUGUUGCUAAGGAAGCUGCACACUCUGGAUACAUGGAACUUGUGUAUCAAUCAGCUCAUGGUGAAACAUCUGAGAACACUGCCACACAUUUUGUUGGAUCAUCAUGUUGGAGCAAAGAAUGAUCCCACCCUGGCUACAGAUGAGGCCUCUGUGCUGGCCAUGCUGGCUGCCAUUGGUGGAGUAGACAGCCGACCACGACUGGGAGGCGUCGUAAAGAUAGAUGACAUUGGGACAGGUACAAUAUCGAAGAUAACGCCACGUGGGAAGAUUCUGGUACAGAUGAAUGAUGGAACUGUGUCAUCUUGUAGACUUAGUUCUCUUGUACCAGUACAGUGUUUGGAGUUCAAUGUGGAGAAGUUGUCACUGUCGGAGGAGAUAGUGAACAUGUUAGCUACCAUGUUGUGUCUGGCCUGCCACAUCUACAGGGUGGAGAAGGAAGGUAGAGACUCGGACAAGGCACCGCUGGCUACAAGUACAACCACUGUAGAAUCUGAAGUUACAAGAGUUGACAUGGGUGAGCUGAGAAAGCAACAGAUCAAACUUGGUAUGUUACGAGCAGGACGAGUACUUCUUCAAAAUCAGAGCAUUCUGCGUAAAAUCCUCACCCAGAUCACGUUGCCGGAACUCCAGCACUCGGAGGUAGAUACCAGCACUAGCGAUGAGGAUUGUUCACCGGACACUGGAGAUUCACUGAAUACUAUACUGCAGCAGUUUCUGAUGUCGGCGACACAGCCUUCCCCACUGAAAGCUUUGUUUGGUAGAGACGAACUGGAGGCAGCUUGUCUGUCCGUCUGUCAGUAUCUGACAGCAUCUAGAGACUGUUUUGAAGAAGAAGUUGAUGAAUCAGACUCGGACAGUGAGGCGGCUCCUUACCAGGCUCCGCCCCCUGCUGCUCCUGUGCCUACAGUAAACAUAAACCCUGAUGUGCCAACUGUCCUAGGAAAACCAAAGAUUAAGAAAAGUAAGCCAAGUGUCCCGCCACCUUUACCUGAGGUGACACGUAUCAUGGAAAUGGGAUUUCAGAGGAAACAAGUGGAGUAUGCUAUCAAAUCUCUUGGUGGUUCACUGGCAUCAGCCUCAGAUAUACCAAGUCCAGAGUCGGUGGUGAACUGGUUGAUUGAGCAUGUUGAGACUUUACCAGCUGAGGAUUCAGACUCCGACAGCGUGUCAUCGGUAGAUUAUGACUCUGAUACUGACUCCACAUCAGAUGUAUUUGAAGAUCUGGAUUCAUCUGGAGAGUUGUUGCUGUCAGUGGUGUUAGGUAACAAUACAAAUACCAACCAAGCCUUCAAGAAGCGGGCAGAUUUUCCAACAGACGAUGAAUAUGCCAUGUACAUCAGAGACAAUAUACAGGUUGGGAUGUCUAUCAAAUGUUGCAGGUCGUACGAGGAGGUGCAUGAAGGAGACAUUGGUAAAGUUAUCAAAUUGGACAGAGAUGGCCUUCAGGAUUUGAAUAUACAAGCCGAUUGGCAGAGAAAAGGUGGAACAUACUGGGUACGAUAUGUACAUGUUGAACUGCAAGGAUUCAUUAACACAAGCUCGAGUAUCAAAGUUGGAGACAAAGUACGGGUAAAGCCCAGUGUAGUGACACCCACUUACAAAUGGGGCUCGGUGACUCAUCGCAGUGUGGGUACAGUGACAGCCAUUAUAUCAAAUGGACGAGACAUUACAGUAGAUUUCCCACAGCAGGCACACUGGACAGGGGUAAUAGAUGAGAUGGAACUGGUACCCAGCACUCACACCGGAGUCGGAUGUGAUGAGUGCAGCAUGUUCCCAAUCAUUGGUGUUCGCUACAAGUGUCGUAUCUGUGACAACUUUGAUUUCUGUGAGAACUGUUUCAAAUCAAAGAAACACAGACAUCCGUUCAGUAGGAUUGCGGAACCUGGAAGUGAACCAGUCCCAGCAGGUAAACCAGGCAAACAAAAGAAGAGACCAGUCUACCCUACCAGUGGUUCCCUGAUUGAAGACUGGCACAUGUGUGUAAAGAACCUGACUGUAUCUACACGGGAGAAUCAGGCACACAGACUGAUUGAGGGCAACAGUGGAUACUGGCAAAGUGCUGGUUCCCAGGGCAAGCAUUGGAUUCGUAUUGAGAUGUUACCAGAUAUUCUAGUCAACCGUUUAUUUAUGAGAGUAGAGCCAACAGAUUCAAGCUACAUGCCAUCUAUGAUUGUCAUCAGUGGUGGUGACACUGUCCACUCCUUGAAGGAGAUCAGAUCUGUAAACAUCGGCUCCUCUGAUUCUCUUAUAACCCUUCUUCAAGAUUGCACUGAUUAUUACAGAUUUAUAGAGAUUGCCAUUAAACAAUGUCGACAGAGUGGUAUCGACUGUAAAAUCCAUGGUCUAUCUGUGAUUGGACGAUUCAGGUCAGACGAUGACUCGGCAGCCGGGUUUUCGUUCCUCGCCUCUGACCGGGAGGAUGAGGAAGAAGAUGUGAAUCGGAUGCUGAUACCAUCAGUGAAACGUAAGGUGAAGGGAGCAGGAAAAGAGAUUCAGACCCACGUGUUUACCUGGGGUCUCAAUGAUAAAGACCAGCUUGGAGGACCUAAAGGCUCAAAGAUUAAGUUACCAGUGUUGAAUGAGACAUUAUCAGCUCUGAAGUGUGUACAGAUUGUAGGUGGAUCCAAAUCUCUCUUCUGUGUGACACAGGAAGGGAAAGUUUAUGCAUGUGGUGAGGCUACCAAUGGCCGUCUGGGACUGGGGAUGAGUGCUGGAACGGUAUCUGUACCUCGACAACUUACUGCUCUCAGUCAGUAUGUCAUCAAGAAAGUUGCAGUGCAUUCUGGAGGCCGACAUGCCCUGGCUCUCACUGUGGAUGGAAAGGUGUUCUCCUGGGGAGAGGGUGAUGAUGGCAAACUAGGACAUUUCAGCAGAAUGAAUUGUGACAAGCCGAGACUUAUAGAUGCUUUGAAAUCUAAACGUGUACGUGACAUCUCGUGCGGAAGUUCCCAUAGUGCAGCUAUUACCUCUAAUGGUGACCUGUAUACAUGGGGACUAGGUGAAUAUGGACGUCUCGGACAUGGCGAUAACACUACACAGCUAAAACCAAAGCAGGUGAAGGAGUUGGCAGGACAGAGAGUUAUACAGAUUGCCUGUGGUAGUAGAGAUGCACAGACCUUGGCCCUCACAGACGAGGGUCUGGUGUACUCAUGGGGAGAUGGGGAUUUCGGAAAGCUUGGCCGAGGAGGCAGUGAGGGAUGUAACAUUCCAAAGGAGAUUGACAGGUUGAGGGGCCUGGGUGUAACCCAGAUUGAGUGUGGAGCUCAGUUCUCACUGGCAAGAACAAAGUCUGGACAAGUUUGGACCUGGGGCAAGGGAGACUAUUUUCGACUAGGUCACGGCACAGAUGCCCAUGUAAGGAAGCCCACCCUUGUUGAAGGUCUGGUAGGGAAGAAGAUUGUCCAUGUAGCUGUUGGUGCCCUACAUUGCCUAGCUGUCACAGAAACUGGACAGGUUUAUGCUUGGGGUGACAAUGACCAUGGACAGCAGGGUAACAGCACUACUACUGUGAACAGGAAACCAGCUCUUGUCCAUGGUUUGGAGGGAUACAAAAUCACCAAGGUGGCUUGCGGGUCUUCCCAUAGUGUAGCAUGGGCCACAACAGACCUGUCCACCCCUAUGACACAUGAACCAGUCCUGUUCUCAACUUCCAGAGAUCCUCUAGGAGCAACCAAUUUAGGUAUACUGGAGGGAAACAACGAGGAUCAUUCACCAAACCUGUCACAGUCCUCACACACCAAAUCUUCUCGGCCAUCUCUUGCCAAGGUCAUACUCUCACAGGAAUCAGAUGUUGCCAAGCAACAGGCACUCACCAACGUUCUUACAGCUUUACAGAUUAUAUAUGCCAGGGAUGUUGUAGUUAGUGCACUACUGAAGGAGGCACAGGCUGUGCCAGCACCGAACCCAAUGGUGACUUCUCUCUCCCAUGCUACAGCCACGCCCAGGAGUAUGACUCCCACCCCCAGUAUGGACUCCAGUAUGGUAGCUUCCACCUCCCAGCAAGCGGACCUGGUGUCUGUCAUAGAUCAUAAUGAUAUUGGUGUAUCAUUAGUGGACUCCACACAAGAGACAACAACUUUAGAAGAACACCAUGCAUUUCCCAGCAUGCAUUCCUUGGCAUCCAAGGUUUCCAAGGUUACGAGUAUCAUGGCAGAGACAUUCACCUCACCAGAUGAGGUCACCAGUACGAUGGAAUCACAAGAACCACAAGUUAUCAUGUCAGGUCUGGAUGAGUUUACAAGUAAACUGAGUGCAGAUGAUUCUAGAGUGUUGGUUGACCUGCUGAAGUUAUCAGUAGCGACUCGCGUAGGCAACAGAGGAAAGGAGACACUGUCCGAGGUCCUUACUUGCCUGGCCAAAGCCAACCCUGCGGUGGCAGAAAUGUUGCUCGAACUCUGUGUGACAGAGCUGGAGGAUGUAGCCGCUGACCGGGACUCGGGUCGAUCUCUGGCUCAGCCCGUAGUCCAGGAGAGUCCACACCCAUACACUGAUGAUACUUCAUUGGCAGGACAUGUUAAAAUUCCAGGAGCGGAGGCACUGAGAAUAGAAUUUGAUCGAAGAUGUUCAACUGAAAGAAGACAUGACCCACUCACUAUAAUGGACAGUGCUGGGAGAAACCUUACUGUUAGAUCAGGUCGUGAAUGGACAGACUGGUCGUCUGAGUUGCGUAUACAAGGUGACGAAAUACGUUGGAAGUUUACUAGUGAUGGUUCAGUCAAUGGUUGGGGUUGGUGUUUCACUGUGUAUCCCAUAAUGCCAGCAGCCGCCCCCAUGGACAUGUUGUCAGAUCGUACUGUACUGUCGAGACCAUCUAUAGACCUAGUGACGUGUCUGCUGGGUUUCAAACUUGAAGUUAACAUGGAUAGAAACAUCAUUGCGAGAUUGGCUGCAUCACUGGCAGCUUGUGCCCAGCUCAGUUCACUUGGUGCUGCACAGAGGAUGUGGGCACUACAGAAGCUACGGCGACUGAUCAGUGUAAACUUUGGACAAACCUUGAAUGUUAAUGAACUGUUGUUGAGUCCUACACUAGAGUCAGCUGACCAGGAUAUGUCUAGAUCUUUCUCUGUGCCGCUGACAAGCACAGCACUGUCAUCACUUGUGAAAGGUUUACCGGAGGCUUUACAGAGACAGUAUGAGUACGAGGACCCGAUUGUACGCAGUGGGAAACAUCUUAUGCAUAGCCCUUUCUUUAAGGUUUUGGUUGCACUUGCCUGUGAUUUGGGUCUCGACUCCCUGCCAUGCUGUACAGAAAUGGCUCACAAAUGGGCAUGGUUUAGACGUUACUGUAUGGCAGCCAGGGUUGUCACCGCCAUUGUGAAGCGAGGAAAGUUGCCCGCGACCUUCCUGGAGGAGGUGAUGAAGAAGAUACAAGAUAUUGCCGACGAUGGGGAAAACAUCACACUGGAUCAUGCUGACCAUACAAUAUUCAAACAGGAACUGGACGAACAGCUUCUUCUCUGGAUGAACAGAAAACCAGAGGAUUGGACCCUAUCCUGGGGAGGAAGUGGUCAGAUUUGGGGUUGGGGACACAAUCACAGAGGUCAGCUGGGUGGAGUUGAAGGGGCAAAGGUGAAGUUACCUGUGAGCUGUGAGUCACUGUCAGGUCUCAGACCACUACAGCUGAUUGGAGGGGAGCAGACACUGUUUGCAGUUACAGCUGAUGGGAAGGUAUAUGCGACUGGUUAUGGUGCAGGAGGCAGACUGGGUAUAGGUGGUACGGAGUCAAUAUCAACACCUACGUUGCUAGAAUCUAUACAACACGUGUUCAUUAAGAAGAUAGCUGUAAACUCUGGAGGGAAACACUGUCUGGCACUGUCCGCCGAGGGGGAGGUGUACUCCUGGGGUGAGGGAGAGGAUGGUAAACUAGGACAUGGAAAUAGAAGCCCAUGUGAUAGACCUAGAGUGAUAGAGUCCCUGAGAGGCAAGGAGGUGGUGUCUAUAGCAGCAGGGGGAGCACACAGUGCAUGUAUAACAUCCAGUGGAGAACUGUUUACAUGGGGGAAGGGUCGAUAUGGAAGGUUAGGGCAUGGGGAUAGUGAAGACCAGUCACGUCCAAAAAUGGUUGAGGCCCUGAAAGGUCAGCGGGUCACUGAUGUAGCGUGUGGAAGUGGAGAUGCACAGACAUUGUGUAUAACAGACAAUGACUGUGUUUGGUCAUGGGGAGAUGGUGACUAUGGAAAACUUGGUCGAGGUGGAAGUGAUGGUUGUAAAGUACCUAUGAAGAUAGAUGCACUACAAGGUCUGGGUGUUGUCAAGGUCGAAUGUGGUUCACAAUUCUCUGUGGCUCUCACAAAAUCUGGAUCUGUUUUCACCUGGGGAAAAGGUGACUACCAUAGACUUGGUCAUGGAAGUGACGACCAUGUGAGACGUCCUCGCCGUGUCUCGGCUCUGCAAGGCAAGAAAGUGGUAGAUAUAGCUUGUGGUUCCCUGCACUGUGUAGGGUGUACAGACAUGGGCGAGGUCUACUCCUGGGGUGAUAAUGAUGAGGGACAGCUAGGUGAUGGUACAACCAAUGCUAUUCAGAGACCUAGGCUAGUAGCUGCAUUGCAAGGUAAAAAGAUCAACAGAGUAGCUUGCGGGUCUGCUCACAGUUUAGCUUGGUCUACAAAUAAACCAGUCAGUGCUGGCAAGCUGCCAACAGCUGUACCAAUGGAAUACAACCACCUGCAGACAAUACCCAUAACCACCCUGAGAAAUAGACUGGUUCUACUGCAUCACUUCUCAGACUUAUUCUGUCCUUCUAUCUCCAUGUUUGAUCUGCAGGAUACCAGUCAGGAUAAAGAGAAAGGGGAGGUGUUUACUGGUUUAGAUAAACUCAGAGGGGUGAUUGUCUCAAGUGCAAAGGAAACUGCAUUCAGAAAAGUCGUUCAAGCCACAAUGGUUCGAGACAAACAACAUGGCCCUGUAUUAGAACUGAACAGAAUACAGGUGAAGAGGUCACGUGGUAAAGGCGGAGUUGCGGGCCCUGAUGGUAUAAAGUCAGUAUUCGGUCAGAUGUCACUGCAGAUGGGCGUGUUUGGGGCUGACUCCCUGAUGCUUCCUCACAGGAUCUGGAAAGUGAAGUUUGUUGGGGAGUCAGUGGACGACUGCGGUGGUGGAUAUAGUGAAAGUAUUGCUGAAAUGUGCGACGAGUUACAGAAUGGUUCCCUGCCGCUUCUCAUUGUUACACCAAAUGGUAGAGACGAGUCGGGAGCCAAUAGAGACUGCUUCCUCCUCAAUCCAAUGUUAAAAUCACCUCUACAACAAAACAUGUUUAAAUUUCUAGGUAUUCUGAUAGGUAUAGCAAUCCGUAGUGGAAGUCCACUCAGUAUAAACCUUGCAGAACCAUUGUGGAAACAGGAUGCAGGAAUGCCCCUCACCAUUGGGGAUCUGACAGAAGUGGAUAAGGACUUUGUGCCAGGUUUGAUGUGUAUAAAGGAGAUGGAUGAAGUAGAUCUAAGGAGAGCAGAUAUGCCGUUCAGUGUACCAAGUUCUAACGGGCAGGAGAUACAGCUUAGUAACAAGUACUUGAAGAUCACGCCGGAAAAUAAGUCCGAAUAUAUACGACUGGCCAUGAACUACAGGUUACAUGAGUUUGAUGAACAAGUAAAGUGGGUAAGAGAAGGAAUGAGUAAAGUGGUUCCCGUACCUCUUCUCUCACUGUUUACCGGCCUCGAGGUGGAAACAAUGGUAUGUGGCAGCCCAGAUAUCCCGCUGAAUCUUCUGAAGUCUGUAGCGACCUAUAAGGGUGUGGAUGCAUCUGCUCCCCUCGUACAGUGGUUCUGGGAGGUGAUGGAGGAGUUCUCUAAUGCUGAGAGGUCACUGUUCUUGAGAUUUGUCUGGGGUCGUACACGACUACCUCGUACCAUAGCUGACUUCAGAGGCAGAGACUUUGUGCUUCAGGUGUUAGACAAGUACCAUCCCCCUGACCACUUCUUGCCAGAGAGCUACACUUGCUUUUUCUUGCUGAAGAUGCCACGCUACUCGUGCAAGCACGUGCUUCAGGAGAAACUCAAGUAUGCCAUACACUUCUGUAAAUCUAUAGACACGGAUGACUAUGCUCGUGUCGCACUAACCGGAGAGGAAGAAUUGACGUCUGAAGGAACUGACGAGUCUGAUGAAGCGCAGUCAUUUAAUUCAGAUGGUGAAAUCUCGGAUCUAGAUAACAGUUUUUAGAAAAAAAUGAAGAGAGACAGAACACUAAACAGCAGUAAUAGAAAUUUCAGUUAAAGAAUCGGAACACUGAACAGUAAUAGGAAAAAUAAUGUAUUCAAAUUGGAAUAAAGACAGUACAUGAAGAUAAAGAAAAAAUCAGAGGAAUAUACUGCAAAAUGACCUUGGUUUGUUUUUUUUUCGUACAAACAAAACAUUGGUGGAAAAACAUUUUACAUAUUGUAUUUUAAUGUAAUGGUAAACAAACACCAUUUUCUACUUCUUAUUGUUCUAUUCCUACAUGCUUAAAAUGUUGUGAAAUUGUACACAUUUUCUUUCAAGAAAAAAACAGUAAAAGAGAUGUUUUAAAAAGUUUCUAUAAAAAUUUCUGUUGUAAUUAAUUGUUGGUAUUUUGUAUUUUUGGGAUGAAGAUUGGAGAGGAGUAAUAUAUCGUUUUCAUUUAAAUGGUUUUAAAAGCUCUUUCUUGAUGUUUCAUAAUUGUAAAGGUAUAUUGAUUUCUUGGCAAUGACCUACAGUACAAAAAAAUGACAAGUUAACAGUUUUUUUUUUCACAUUGUGUAAUAUUUAAGUGUGUUUGGAAAAAAUAACCAAAGAAGUAUAAAUACAUUUAUUUUUUAUUUUUAUAGCUCUUUGAAUUAACUGAAUGUAUUUGUACUCCACUGAAAUACUAAUGUUGUAAAAAGGCAUAUUAGUACUUGGCAUUGGAAGUAAAAUGAUUAAAUGAUUAAGCAUUCCAGUGCAUGUGUAUGUAUAUACUAUGGUAACAAUUGUGUGUGUUUUCAGGAUUCCAGAGAAUAGUUUUUACCCAGUUUAACUGAUGACUGUUAACUACCUGUAGUUGACUACAACAACCCACAUGCUUCAUCACAGUGUUACCAUGCUUAUGUUGUGUCAUACAUGUAACAAAUUACCUGCAAUAGUUAAAAGUAACACAAUUUUGUUUUCCUAACAAAACAUUAUAUAGAUGCUACAAUUUAGAUUUUUUCCAUGGGCAUAUUACUGUACAUAGGCAUUCAUAAAAGUCCAGAAAAGAUGACAUAAGGGCAAAAUGGUUUGUAAAUGUUCCUUUGCUAUCGUUCAUACAAAGAUAUGCAGCUUUUUUCUUGGAAAGGAAAGUUGAAUUUGGCUAUAAUGUUUGUGCUAUUUCUACAUACAGCUACUGCUUCACUGUCUUAAUGUCCUGUAAAUCGUUAAAAUGGCUGAAUUUCAAAAUCCAGGUGAGUUUCAUUGAUUUUGUUUUUGAAAUGCAUAUAUAUUUCUUGCCAUGUGACACAAAAUAUGAGAAAGUGUAAAUGCUUUUGUUGUCUGUACUAUUUUGAUUUAAGUUGAUGUGUGGUUGGCUUGUUUGCUCUGUCUGCUACUAAGCAGGUCAUUUAUAGAUACAUAUGAGAGAAAACAUACAUUAAAUGUUACAUGUACUUAUUGUGGUAUAUUUAUGAAAACACAGAACAAAGUAUUGACAAAAACCAUACAUUUCAUUGUAAUAGGUAUAGCCUAGUACUUGCCUAUUUGUAUGAAGUAAUUUACACUGCAACAGAAAUAGAUGUAGUGGUCAUUUAUGAUGAUAAAACAAGUGAUAACUGGGCUCUAAUGUUUCUUUAUAAAACCUGAUAUACGUAAUUUAUUAUAGAUAAUACAGUGUUAGAUCUGUUUUUGAAAGUUUUAGAUAAAAAACAAACGAUAUGAGGGCAAAACAUGUGUUCCAUUCCUCCUCUUCAAAAAACCAUUCUGAAAAGAAUGAUGUUAAACUGAUGGGUUAUUUAGUGCACGUUUUUUGAGGCAGUUUUUAACAGAUUCACAGACUGUACAAGACAAAUGCUCAGCUUUUUUUCUGAUCCAGGUUUUGUGUUUAUACAACAUUCCUCAAAAUAUUCAGUGUAUUAUUUGUCACAAAAAAUGCUCAAAAGGUAGAUCUUAUAUACAACCUUUCUCGUUUAUUUUCAAAUUAUUCAAGUUGGUUGGGAAAAAAAUUCUGUUAUUUUAUCCCAGAUAGCUAUUCCUUUGGAAUAUGAAUGUAUGCAUUUAUCAAAAUUUAGUUCCCCUCCAAUAUUUUUGAUUCAACAGUAUGUCAGCAUUGUAAGAGAUUUUCAAUUAAAUUAUAUGAAAUCAAAGCCGGUGCUUUGUGUAUGAUAUGAAAGUUGGAAGCAUUGAUUUUUGCAGUAACAUCUGGUACUGGCUUUACAUGAUUGACUUGUGGCAAAAAUUAUGUACUUCACUUUCUGUAUUGUCUUUGAAGGUAGAUUCUAUUUGUUUAAUCAAUCUAGUAUGUUGAGGUUUCAUUAGAGACAGGAAGGAAAGUGAUUUGUUUUUGCCCUAUGAAGGCGCAUCAGAUAAAUAACAGCUUUGUUACACACUUUGUAUUUGAUACCCAACGAUGAAACUGGGUAACAAGUUUUUAUAUAUUAAUUUCUAAUCCCUUUAAUAAAGGCCUAACCCAGAAACCCUUCAGCUGAUUGAAUUUUAGUCUGUCUAUAUACUUACUUGAAAAAAACAACAAACUUUGUAACUUGACAGAAAAAAAAAUUAUAACCACAGCAUUAGCUUGUAUUAGGAUAUGUUUUGUUUUCUUGGUUUAUGUAUUUGUUGCUGGCUACAGUUUUGACUGGUAUCUCAUUUAGCUCUGUGAUACUAUUGUGGAGUUCAUUUUCAAAUCAUGUGGAAAUAAAUUAUUUUGUUUGCUGAUU